GAACCCUAAAAUGCACAGACAGGAUAAAACUAAAACCUCUGGGCACAACUACUUUGGGGAGGAAAAAGGCAGUGAAGAGGCUGAAAAACAAGUACACCAAGGAUUUAAAGGAAACAUCAUCUACUGGAAGAUCAUGAAAAGUCAAGUCAAGUUUUUAUUCAUGAACUCCAAAGAAAGGUUUUACACCUUGGUAAAGAAGCACAGUAAGGAUUGCUGGUUUCACUAUGUCAAACAACAUAAACAUCAUGAUGUGUUUCACCUUUGCUGGUGCAAUACGCUGGUCAGACUUCAACACAUCAAAACCAAUCUUCAGUUAUCUGAACUGUCCAGCUUUUUCUUUGCAAAACGACACAAAAAAGACAAACACCACAGGAGUAGACGAAGUCAGCACACUGAUCCAUCUGAUCCUUUAGGAUCUGAACAUCCAAAAGUGAGAGCAAUCAGCAACCGAAGGAACGAACAGGAGUACCACAGUAAUGUAUCAAAGGAAACUAUUAUUUCAGUAGAUGAUCCUUUAGAAGUGCUACUUUCACAUACUCCACUAAGCCCAACAAUAGAAAAGCACAGAAUAAACAGAAAAGUCUGGUUCGGUUUUUAACGGUUUUUAACUAUUUACUAAUUACAUUGUGGUAUGUACCAGACUACAGUAUAUAGUAACUGUAUAUAUUUACCUAAGCACUGCCAAAGUCUGUAAUGAGAAAUGUUCAGAGUAUGUUAAGGACAGUGUAGUUUUUACACACCUUAAGAACAAUGGUCAUGGGUUACAUCACUAAACCUAUACACAUUUAUCUUAAAAAUAUAGAUGCUUCUUGAACUAAGGUGCCUGUGUGUUUUGUUUAAAGGUAAAGAUUUCCUACAUGUAAUUGUACAUGUGAUUGUAACUGACAAGUAUGCCAUAAUUUUCAUUAUUUAUACAACUUGAGUAAAUACACUAUAUGGACGAAAGUAUUGGGACACCUAUACAUUAUACAUCCAGAAGCUAUUAUUAUUCUGUUUUUAUUCUAAGGCCUAUUUAAAUUCUACUGCUAUUCUAAUUUUUAAGCACUUUUUUUAGAGAAUUAAUACACUGUAUGGACGAAAGUAUUGGGACACCUAUACAUUGUACAUCCUGAAGCUAUUAUGGCACCCCAUUGUAAAUCCAUAGGCAUUAUUAUUAUCUGGUUUUUAUCUUAAGGCCUAUUUGAAGCACUAUCAAUCACUGGCUGUAUUUUUUUUAAAGAAAGCAAUACUGUUUGUAUUUGUUUUAAAGUAAUUUUAUUUAAAGUA